UCUGUAUCAUUUGUGGUCUCCAAGGGGGAGUGUUGUAAAAGUAGAGUCUGGAGUCCCCAAAAUGCCCCUCCCCUAAUGUCUAUAUAUUUGGACUUCCCUUAGAUAGAAAUUGAAUCGAUCGGAUAUGAAUGAGAAAUACAGAUCAAUAAUACUUGAGAGAGAAAAACUCUCUGCCUCUCAAUUCUCUCCUCUGCAAAUUCUCUUUAGUUUACAACAAGUUAUUGAUUCUUUUCAAGCCUCCUUUGUGUUUUCCUAUUGGGUUUUGGACUUUCUAGCUUUGACCUUUCGUUGUGAGUCCUUUUGUUGGGUUAGAAUUGGAAAUCUCCUAUAUCAUGCUGAAUUGUCCUACUUGCAAAUAGUUGAAUUUGGUCUAGUUCGUAUAGAAUUGGGAAACCUAUAUUUUGAACUUUCAUGUAACUACAGUUAGCUUAUAUCAUAGAGAAAAAGAGCUCAGCCAAAGUCAAGGCCAAAAACAUCUUCAUAAUUUGCAGCCAUGGAUAUUGCAGUUGCAAAACGAAGGAGCAGUUUUUCUGGCAAAUUUUUUGCAGCUGCUGUCCUCAUUACCCUCUGCUUUGUCAUGUUCAAGCACUCGUCGCUUAAUUCUAGCAGCCCCAACAUGUUUUCUUACCGUGAAGUCGGCGUGACGCAUGUCUUGGUUACAGGAGGUGCUGGCUACAUAGGUUCUCAUGCUGCACUUAGGCUUUUGAAGGAUUCAUAUCGUGUAACCAUUGUGGACAAUCUCUCCCGAGGAAAUAUCGGCGCCGUUAGGGUUCUUCAGAAGUUAUUUCCAGAACCCGGGAGACUUCAGUUUAUUUACGCAGACCUGGGAGAUGCCAAAGCUGUCAACAAAAUCUUUUCAGAGAAUGCAUUUGAUGCUGUCAUGCAUUUUGCAGCUGUUGCCUAUGUUGGUGAAAGCACACUUGAGCCUCUUAGAUAUUAUCACAACAUCACAUCAAACACCCUGUUGGUUUUGGAGGCAAUGGCAGCACACAAUGUGAAGACAUUGAUCUAUUCUAGUACUUGUGCCACAUAUGGAGAACCUGAGAAGAUGCCGAUCACCGAAGAAACUACGCAGGUCCCAAUCAAUCCAUAUGGAAAAGCCAAGAAGAUGGCAGAAGAUAUCAUACUGGAUUUCUCCAAAAACUCAGACAUGGGGGUCAUGAUCUUACGAUACUUUAAUGUGAUAGGAUCAGACCCUGAGGGAAAACUAGGAGAGGCUCCUCGACCUGAGCUACGUGAGCAGGGCCGAAUAUCUGGUGCUUGUUUUGAUGCAGCUCGAGGGAUUAUUCCUGGACUGAAGGUCAGAGGAGCAGACUAUGAGACAGCUGAUGGCACUUGUGUGAGGGACUACAUUGAUGUCACUGACCUGGUUGAUGCUCAUGUAAAAGCUCUUGCCCAUGCACAGCCUGGAAAGGUUGGGAUCUACAAUGUUGGCACUGGAAAAGGUAGUUCAGUGAAGGAGUUUGUCGAGGCGUGUAAGAAGGCGACAGGGGUGGACAUAAAGGUUGAAUACCUCAGCCGAAGGCCAGGGGAUUAUGCUAAAGUUUAUAGUGACCCUUCCAAGGUAAGGCAGGAGUUAAAUUGGACAGCCCGCUAUACACUUCAAGAGAGCUUACAGAUUGCAUGGAGAUGGCAAAAAUCCCAUCUGAACGGCUAUGGUCUUUCCAAUGCUAUGGGUUGAGAAGCUGCCAGAGAUACUGUUGUGGAAGUCUGAUGUUGCUCCGUUGAGUUGAACAUGCAUUUCUUUUUACUUGGAACAGGUAGUAAAAUUCCAACGGGCAUUUAGGAAAAUCUCUGGGUGUUCACUGAGAGAAAGUCCUGCCCUUUUGGUUCAUAGUCUGCGUGCGGUUUUAUUCCUGUACUGUAUUCAAGCCCAGAAAAAAAGAAAAAAGAAAAAGAGAGGGUCAGUUAGCUGAUUUAAACAGAGGAAACAUUGAUACUUCACUGUAUAAAAUACUCAGUUUUGAAUGUUGAAUGCUAAUAUUUCCUUGAAACGAUCUAA